AUCGUUUUUUGACAAAUGAAAAUAAUCAGUAUAAAUCGUGAUUUAUUAAUUUGAAAUAUUAUUAAUGAAAUAUGAAAUAGACUAAUAUGUCUUUCCCGAAGAUCGAAGGGUAUGUUGUGACUGAAAAGUUAGGUUCAGGGAGUUAUUCAACGGUAUACAAAGCAUAUACGAAGGUUGGGGCUCGGUCGAUCGUUGCUAUAAAAUGCGUAGACAAGGCGAGAGUGAAGCAUUCUGGAGCAGCAAUAGAUAAUUUAAUAACAGAGAUAAGGCUGCUGAAGACGCUCACACAUCCGCACAUAGUACAUAUGAAACACUUCACAUGGGACGACAAAAACAUCUAUAUCAUUACGGAAUAUUGCUGCGGAGGUGAUCUGUCCAAGUACAUUCACAAAUAUGGAAGAGUUCCUGAGAAACGGGUAUUAUAUUUCCUGCAGCAACUUGCAUCGGCGUUAAAGUUCCUCAGAGAAAAAGGUGUCGUUCACAUGGAUCUAAAGCCGCAUAACAUGUUGUUGCACAAGGGAUCUGAGGGAAAAUUCAUGCUUAAGGUCGCUGAUUUUGGUUUCGCUCAAUAUCUAUCAGAGGAUAGUACGAAGAGCGUCCGAGGGUCGCCGCUGUACAUGGCGCCCGAAAUGAUCCUCGGGGACUACGACGCGAGAGUCGACCUCUGGAGUGUUGGUGUGAUCAUGUACGAAUGUCUGUUCGGUAAAGCUCCGUACUCCUCAGCGACAUUUAAAGAAUUACUCGACAAGAUUCAAAGACGAGCACCUAUCGCAAUUCCCUCCAAUUCCUCCAUCUCGGCCGGCUGCUUGGAUCUCUUGACGCGUCUGCUACAGCACGACCCUGACAAGAGGAUAUCGUAUGAUGAUUUCUUCAACCACGAGUACUUGGAUUUAGAUCACAUGCCGUCGAAGGAGAAUUAUAAUAAGGCAGUCUUCCUGAUCAAGCACGCUAUCGAACUAGACUGUUCAGGUCGCCUGACCGAAGCCCUCGAGGCCUACAGCGAUAGUCUCAGGUACUUAGUGCCGGCUGUCGGUAUUGAAACUGACGCUGACAGACGAAGCGCCUUAGCCGCUAAGUUGACUAGAUACAUGGAGAGGGCUGAAGAAAUCAAACGCCUCAUCAAAGGCCAAAGCAAUCCGUGCACGAACUCACAAGGACGCGUCCGCGCAGCGCUCCGGCCGCAGGAGCCCGCCUGCAGCGGACAGACGCUCGGGUACAGUUUUGAACAUAAUGACGCAAAUGUUCAACAAGACACAACAAUAGUUGACCCAGCUAUAAAUAAACAUUCAAACGACACGAAAGACGUGCAAGAAACGAACGGAAAGGAUGAGUUAGAAGAGCCUAAGAAUAAGAAAGAGAAAUCUCGCGGAGCGCUGUCGAGGUUCCUGCGACGGCCGGUCCCUUAUCUUAACGACAAAGAUUCAUCCAUUGCUGAUGAAGAUAAAACUCAAAAACCUGAUGAAACGAACGAACUUUGCAGGAUUACAUGAAUUUAAAUAGACUCAGACCCAGCUGUGGGAUAUGCUGGGCAAAGUUUUAUUUAAUAUUAAAUGUCUUAAUAUAUUUUAAACUUAUAGUACGUUCCAUUCCAAUGGCAGGAGGCGCUAAGAUAAAUAAUCAACUUUG